AUGUCUCGUCCCAAUCUACCAUUGGAUAUUCAACUGAAUAUACUAGGUUAUCUUCUUUCCAUGGGAGAACAUGAAGACAGCAUCGAGAAAUCUAUCUUGGCCACCGUUUCUAAACCUUGGCAAGAUGCCAUUGAACGAAAACUGUUUCGGAGUUUGACAGUGAACCUAUUGGACUUGAAGGACUUCUGCGUCUACACAAAAGACCGCACACAUCUCGUCAAGCAUAUCCUGCUGGAGCUCAAUCUUUGCAAGUUGGACAGAGGUCCCACGAUCAGCCGCAACUGCUUCCAAGCGGCGACUUGGAUCUUGUUCGGGAUCCUUUCGACAUGGCAUAACCGUGAUAUCACCCUCGAGAUAGGUAUACUGCCCUGUAUCGAAAGGCGUGAUAAGUGCCCAAAAACGAACCAUAUCCAUCCAAUGGGAAGCGUGCCACGGUGUCGAUCGCCCGACACAGUGUUCAAGGAAAUCUUUGAGCUCCCUAGCGAGAUGCUGUUUGGCGGUGUUUUGGCGGAAUCGGAACCAGCAUGGCACAACAAAGCAUCAUCUCUGCUCGGUCGCAUGGACCUUGGAUUCCAACCUUCAAUGGAGUGUUACAUACCCUCGGUAAAAUGUAUUUCCAAGCUGCUUAUUCGCCGGAGAUACUUUCCAAAUAUUAGCUCACUCACCCUUGCAAGGAUCAUGCUCGCUUUGCCAUCUUUGGAAUCCGUGCAUAUUGAGCGUUGGUGUUAUGGAGAUUUACUCCUCGAUACAUUAUAUGAUAUGAAGUUCAGGGCGUUCUUUAGAGUGCCGCGCUCUUGCAAAAAUAUAUCGUUCUAUGAAGAAAGCGACACUGCUUACCACCGUCGCGUGACGAGGCCGAGGGAAUCGCAGCCGAACACCACCCUACGGGAAUCUCUAGUUGAAGAGGCAGGUCAUCUGGAAAAUAUUGCUGUCUCUUUUUCUUUCGAUGCCGUAUCGUUCUUCACUCCUCCUUUCACAUCUGACUUCAAGGAAUUGAAGACGCUGGCGUUGACCUCGCCGACCAUGGUUUCCAAAGAGUACGGCGUAGUCGAUGACUUCCUAUGCGCUACAGCGAAGGUUGCGAAGGGAAUGCCAAAGCUUGAGACUCUUGAACUCUGGUAUUUCAGCUCACCCAGCUUUAUGCCACCACACCCCACGCCAUCUUGCGCUGGUAUCUUUACGUAUCAGAGACUCGACCGAUACAGUAGCUGCAUAAGUUGGAAGUCAACCCGGUCCUUUAAGAUGUCAGAGGAAACAAGGGAGAGCUGGAAAGGUGUUGUUGACGUGGAGGGUGCUGAGUUUUCGGUCGAACACUUAGACCUGGACCCGGAUCAGCUCACUAGUAUUGGGAAACUUUAUCCAUAUCUGGCAUUGAGGGAUAGGAUUCUUCAUGGCAUUACUUGGACCGAAGCAUAG